AUGUCUGUCGCGCGCAUUCCCCCACCGCCCUCGUUCAGCCUAUACCACCUCGCCUCUUCCGCAUCUCCGCCAUCCCCCCUGCCUCCCCUCACCCCCCCGGCCCCCGACAUUCCCAUAUCAUCUCACUACUCGCUCAUGUCCGGCCAAGACAUCGCCACCAACGGCCUGGGAGAGAGAAACGCGGGCUAUACGUAUCGCCAGACGCCCAGCUUGUCUUCAGAGAGAAGUACAGUUUCGCCAAGUCAGAUCGCAAGUCAAGGUCAGCAGCAGUUCUGGAAGACGCAACUUACCAAGCAAUACAGCCCUACUCUCCCCCAGAUCCAAUCCCCCGCCGGCGCUCCCCCUAUUCACAGCCCAACUCACCACCCGCAUGCAAUGAUGCUUCCUCCUCUCCGACUCACCACCCAAGACCCUCGUCCCGAUCCCCGCCUCGAUCAUCGUCUUGACCCUCGCCUCUCCGCCACCGCCCCCCUCGAGCCCGGAACACCGAGACCUCAUGCCUCGCCGAUCUCCCAGGGACCCGGUAUGGGCUACUACCCCUAUCCAAUGUCCUAUCCCCCUCACCGAUACUACCCUCCUCACCAGGUACACGGUCAUCCAGGCAUGCCGCCCAACUCGGCUUCUUCCGCCGGCACGCCCGAGAUCUUUACCCCCGUCUCGGGGCAUAGCGACUACUCCUUCUACCCCCCACCGCAGCAGCAGCAGAUGCAGGCCACCAUCCAGCCCUCUGUGUUUUCGCCUUGGCAAGCGCAGCAGCAGCACGCCCAGAGUGGGGGGCAAGACCGUCGAGGCCCGCCGGGUACGCUCUCAUUCAACAUCUCGUCUUCGUCCGAAGAUCGCGUUCGAGAGUCGCCGGGGAGCUCGGCGAAUGGUACUGGUGGUGGCGGUGAUGGGAGAUGGGAGAAUAAGAGCCCGAUGAGAGAGAACGGCAGAGGUUCGCCGGCUAGUUCGGAGGACGAGGUGCCGAGGCAGAUUACUUAUACGACCGAUGCCGAGAUCAAGCAGUGCGCUACCAUCAAACGCGAAUGCUUCAACUGCACAAGUCGAAAUCCUCCAAGCUGGCGCAAGUCCCUCUGUAACAAAUGUGGUAUCUUUGAACGCACUCACCACCGUCCCCGUCCUCCCCAGAACGACGACCAAAAGCUUCGCAAAGCUUCCGAGAUCCCCAAUCCAUUAUUCGGCGGCGCAAACGCAGGAGGUUAUGGAGGAGGAAGAAACGGAAGAGCAGCACCGCCGCCCGCGCUGCAGACUAUGAGCAUGAGUAGCGGAAGCGGGUCGCCUAGGAGUCCUUUUUCUGGCACCCAGUCGACGCCCAUGUCGGCAAGCUUCACCUACCCUCCGAUGUACACCCCCGCCCCUCAAUCCUCUUCAUCCGAAUACCCUCCGUCUUCGUCCUACCUUCGCCGUCCCGCCAGUACCCAGCCCCAGCUCCCAAAUCUAUCCAUUCCCUCUCCCCCUUUCGCUUCUCCGAUCAUAUCCAACGAUACGACCAGCGCCGGCGGCGGAGGAGGCGAAAGCGGCGCCAACAGAUACUACGGCCACACCCACUCUGCCUCGUCCCCUUACGCCCACGCCUACGCUUCUCGCCGAGGCUACGCGCCCCCCUCCCGAGGCUCUAUCUCGAGCACCUCUAUAUCUGGAGGCGGCGCUGGGAGUGUACUGGGAAGUCCGAUCGGAAGCUACGCGUCGCCCAUCUCGGGGCCGGGGCAGGUGCAAGGGCAGGGAGGGGAUGGGUGGCAUUCGAGGAGGUUGAGCGGUGGUGGGACGGAGGGGGGUAUGGGUCAUUGA